CUGGGCUCAUUAAGGUGAAUCUGUUUGGUUCCGUUCCGACUUCUACACCUGGACUGGUUCCGUGACCCACGCCGAACGCGCCAGCUUCGUCACUGGCAGAGCCGCCACCCCCACCCCUCAGGCAGCCGCAGUUCGCCCCGUUAACUGACCCCCCCGUCCGGAAACCGUGGAGUUCGGUGGACUUGGCUCCGGUUCACGCUCCUGUCUAUGCGGGAUGUUCGGCUCCUGUAAUCCUGUUUAACACCCCUAAAGUGAGAGCAGCAAAGUGGCGCGUGCUUCCCGGAGGCUCCGGUUCUGGCGGAAUGAUUCCCGGUUGACUGACUGUCGCAGCGCGCAGCGGCGGCGGCGGCGGGCGAACCGCUGGAAGCCCGGGAGGAGCGGCUCUUUACAGCCGGUCUGACGGAUCCCUCAGCCGUCACUUUGACCCUCCUCAGCUCGGAAGUGUCCAGCUAGUCCCACCAACCGGCGGCGGGCGGUCAGCGGCGGCGGAGCGGCGCGGAAGAUGCUCUUUUGGGCUCCACCAUCGAGAUUUGCGCGAGGAAUUUCCUCCCUCUGCUUCUAAAAUACAGACUCAAACCCCAACAGACCCCCCCCCCGUCUGUGUUUGUUAUUGAUUUCCACAAACUGUUUUUUGGUGCAAAACAUUCCCGCAUUUGAGCCGGCGCGCGCCUGAAUCCUCCUCUGAUCUCCGCUGGAUUUCCAGUUCGGGCAUUUCUCCGUUUUUGCGCACGGACUUGGAGGCGCUGCGGCUCCGCUUUUAAGUUGCUCUGGCCGAACCGGGAGCGACGGAGGAACUUUUUUGGACCUUUUCUCGGAGGAAACGACAUCGUUCCAUCGUUCCGUCCUCGCGCAGAUUAACAUCUGCAUCAAACUUUAACGGGCGCGAGGCGCCGCGCCGCGCGGAGGGUUUGGAAAACUGCUGGAACAGCUGGGAUUAACGUCCACGCGCUGGGAUUCUACCAUGACAGGUGCACGGGAUUUCGGAUGGACCCCCUUCCUGUGUGUGGCGGCGCUUUCAUGUGCUCUUGCAGGUAAAAUCUCUCCAACCAGCUCAGAUUCUCUCUUCAGUUCCUCGGCGAUGACGGCCAGUCCUCCACCGCCCAGUGUGUACCUGCCUGCCAGCUUCAAAAUGUCCAACGCCCAGCUGGCGUUUUUCCUGCGGGAGGCGCAGAUCCCAGGACAAACGGUUGGCAGAGGCAGCGGCAGCUCCAGGACUGGACAUCCGCUGCAGCGUUCCGAGAGUUUCGUGGUUUUCCAGACAAAAGACCUCCCUGCCAUCAACAUAAGCUUCGGGCCUUUUGCCCAGGACCAAACCGUGUCCAAGGAGCUGCUCCAGCCGGCGAGCCCGCUGGACAUCCCGGGCCAGCUCACCGUCGGCUGGAAAGUACGGGCGUUCAUUGUCCAGCCAAGAGUUUACUCCAACAACGCCACCGUCCAGGUGUUGUUCUACAUCGCAGGCCGGGACUGGGACGACUUCAAAGCCCAGGACAACCUGCCGUGCGUCCGCCUGCACGCUUUCCGGGACGUCCGUGAAAUUAAGACCUCGUGCCGCUUGAGAGGUAACCUGGCACAGUGUUUGGCCCAGCUGGACCUGCCUCCAUCCUGGUUCAACGCAAACGUAGCCCCUCUGGGUAGGAGGAAAGGCGACGGCCUCCUGGACGGCUUGACGAGCGAGACCCUCCAGGCUGAGCUGUACUACACGCUUCACGAGCCCAAUCAGGAAGGGGAGUGCAGCGAGGGCUCAGGUCGCCGGGGAGGAGUGUCCAGGGAGCCUCUGUCACAGCACCCUCUGCUGCGCAUCGGGAGUAUCAGCCUCUACCAGGCCGCCCAGGAGCAGCUGCUGGUGGACAAGCAGCUAGACAAGAACAUGUUCCUGAGGCUGCCGGAGAAACCGCUGAAGCCCGGAGAGACGCUCAGGAUCCUGCUCUACCUGAUGCCCAACUCCACCGUGGAGCAGUUCACACUCCGGGUCAAAGCAAAAAAGGGAGUGAACCUGCUGCAGACCAAGUCCAAGAACGCCCAGUGGAAAGUGGACUGGGAGGCGCAGCCUGGCGCCAAGCACUCCAUCACCACCAUCGAUGUGAACAAAAACAAGGCAGUCAACCAGGGGGAUGUGCUGGGAAACGUGGAGGUGAUGCAGCUGGACUUUGAAAUGGAGAACUUCACCAGCCUCUCCGUGACCAGAAGAAUCAACUGGAACAUCGACUACAAGGGUCAGAGCCCGCAGUCCGAUUCAGAGAAGGUGGUGACGGAGCUGACCGUGGUGCAGCGAGAUAUUCAGGCUGUCAUCCCUCUGGCCAUGGACACUGAGAUUAUCAACACAGCGAUUCUGACCGGUCGCACCGUGGCCAUUCCUGUCAAAAUGGUCUCCAUAGAGAUGAAUGGAGCAGUGACGGACGUCUCCGCCUUUGUGCAGUGCAAGUCAACAAAUGAAGACAUUGUAAAGGUUUCCAUGAACUGCGACUAUGUGUUUGUGAACGGGAAGGAGACGCGCGGUUCCAUGAACGCCAGGGUCAUCUUCAGCUACGAGCACCUGAGCGCGCCGCUGGAACUGACCGUCUGGGUGCCCAAGCUCCCCCUGCAGGUGGAACUUUCCGACAGCAACCUGAGCUUCAUCAAGGGCUGGAGGGUUCCCAUCCUGCCCGACCGAAGGAGCACCCGUGACAGUGAUGGGGACGAUGAAGAGGAUGAUAGGAGGCUGAACCGAGGCUGCACCCUCCAAUACCAGCGCUCCCUGGUGAAGGUGCUCACCCAGUUCCACACCACGUCCACAGAGGGCACGGACCAAGUCAUCACCAUGCUGGGACCAGACUGGCAGGUAGACGUCACAGACCUGGUCCAGGACUUCUUGAAGGUGGCCAGCCCCAGAAUAGCGGAGUUGGUGGACCGGACGAUCCUGGUGGGCCUGGAGCUGGGAGUCAGCGUGCUGAAGGUGGAGUCCCCGCUGGCUGUGGACGCUGCACUCGGGGAGGCGGCGUUCUCCGUCACUGAUGACAAGGUGUCCAUAACGGAGCUGCGCGUUCACACCGUCUCAGGCCUGACUCUGUCGCUGCAGCCCAGCCCGGGAAACAGCCACACCAUGGUUGCCAAGGCAACCGCUGUGCAGACACUCACCGCUCUCAAACAGGAAGCCAGUUUUUCCAUCUGGAUGCUUUUCAGCGACAACACAGCUGCCAAUCUCAUUUACUUUGAUCCCAAAGACUACAACCUCAACGCGUCCUCGCUGAAUGACAAAGUGGUGUCGGUGUCCCAGGAGCCCCAGCAGCGCUGGCCUGUGGUGGUGGCAGAGGGGGAGGGAUCUGGCGAAGUGGUGCGCCUAGAGAUGACCAUCUGCGAGGCCUGCCAGAAGACCAAACGCAAGAGCGUCAUUGCAUCGGCCGAGGUUUACGCCAAGGUGCGCUUCGGCCCAGAGGAUGACUCAGAGGAAGACACGACGACGGAAGGCGAGACGGAGCCGGCCCCCGUCACCAGGCGGCCAGCCAUUGAUCCCAACAGCAGAAUUUAUGAGACGUCUAAUGAGCAGCCCGCCAGUGUUCCUAUUGACUACACCAAUUUCCCCACAAUCAGUAACCAGGGAGUUCCGACUGAGAGCGAUGAAGACGAGGACGAGUUUGUGCAUUCCCCCCGCAGCAUGACGGACCUGGAGAUUGGCAUGUAUGCCCUGCUGGGAGUCUUCUGCCUGGCCAUCCUCGUCUUUCUUAUCAACUGCAUCGUCUUUGUGCUCAAAUAUCGCCAUAAGCGCAUCCCGCCUGAGGGCCAGGCCAACAUGGACCAUUCCCACCACUGGGUGUUCUUGGGGAACGGCGAGCCGCUGAGGGCCCAGUGCGAGUUGUCCCCACAGCAGGUGGAGAGCCCCAGCAACCCUCUGGAGGGCGUACAGACUUGUUGCCACGGCGACCACCACAGCAGCGGCAGCUCUCAGACCAGCGUUCACAGCCAGGUCCACGGGAGGGGUGACGGCAGCUCCGGGGGCUCCACGAAGGACAACGGCGAGGAGACCAGUUCACCCACGUCCAAGCGCAAAAGAGUCAAGUUCACCACCUUUACCACCCUCCCCACAGAGGAGCUGCCCUACAACUCCAUCCCCAUAGCAGAUGAGGAGGACAUUCAGUGGGUGUGCCAUGAUAUGGGCUUUCAAGACCCUGAGGAACUGCACAAUUACAUGCGCAGAAUAAAAGAGAUCGCCUGAGAUGAGAGGCGUGUUACUGCUCUCAGCUUUCAACAACAAAAGUUUCUUUCUGUUUUUUGUCUUUUUCACCUGAGUGGAAGGUGAUUUUUCACAGACUGAGAGGCAAACGGUUUUUGUUUUGGGUUAGGGUUUAGUUUGCACAGUGCUGUAAUCUCAUACACCCUCACACAGAAGCCAACGGAAGCCAAAGACUCGAGCAGAGGGACCUCCGUCACCAGAGACGUUUCUGUAAAUCUUUCGGCAAACACGCCUCGCCGGGAAGCUGAGCCAUGGACACACAGGAGCUGCUCCAGCUCUCCUCUUUUCAGGAACUGACUCUGGAGGAUCGGGAGAGGCUACGUUUGAGGCUGUGUUCCAGAGGCUCAGCGGGACUCUGCUGUACUCUGCCCACUCCAAACAAAGAGGCCUUUGGGGAACAAAAACUGUCAGAGACUCCAGGAAGCUGUUUUCAACCGUUUUGUUUGGCCAAAGGAAGAAAAGCUUUCUUUUAAUGGCAGAACGUUUUUCUCAUUGCGUCACACCCUCAUGGUUUGUUGUCAUCUUCAUCUCAUUGUCUACAUUUCCUGGUCGUUAAAGUCAAACAAGUCGUCCCGGCACCUUUGAUCAGGGCGGACGCUCUCCGGUCACAGAGGCGAAAGUAAGGAUGGAAAAUCCAAGAGGACUCUCAGCCACCACCUUUUUUACUGUAAAUGUCUCUCCAUACACAUGAGCAAAACUAAAUACGUUACCGUGCAUUUAAGGCAUGCCACGUUUGGCCUCCAUACAUGCAGACAUUCCUCUAAAGUGUGUGUAAAUAUUGCAUCCAGAAGGAGGCGUUCCAGCCUGCUGUUUAGGAGGUUUCUCCCUCCGACUUGCAGGAUUUUGAGGCUGGUCGGAAACAUUUACGCUCCUGCUGUGGAUCAGUUUCUCCAUCCUUUAUGUGACGACAGAUGCAUAGAGUUUGAACUCAUUGGUGUCUGAUUUUUAAACCUUUGAUGACAUCUUUCCCCAAGUUUUAUUGGCUUCAGCCUCUGGGAGGAUAAAGAAAUUGAAACAAAUAUUUAUAUAUAUAUAUAUAUACACAUAUGAGUUAGUGACAUUAAUAGUGAGCACAAAUCCCGUCAAAUCUGCUGGAGAUGUAGUUUACCCUCAAAGAUGGUUACAUAAUGUUGGUUAUUUUUCCCACUACGUUCCCCAUCCUCAUCCUGUUUGCUCUCGUUCAACCAUCACAGGUUUCACUGGCAAAGACACAACCAGAAGAUCUGGCCUAAAUGCCAAUUAGGUGACUGUACUGUUAGAUGUUUACAGACGCUGACACUCAACUAGCCAAACUUAGUCCUGACAAAGACUUUUAGCGAAACAUCGAGAGAUGACAGCAGACUCCUCAUCGUUCAUAACAGAUGACUUUGGAAAGUUAAUGCUAUUCCAGCUCUGAUCUCACAUGAAACGAGUCCUUUUCAGGACUAACGAGACAACCGCCAGAUGAAAGAUCACUUAGAGCAGUCCUCCUUUAAUUCUGUGCAUCCUGAGGACUCAGAUCUUUCUUUCAUGUCAGCUGACUGACAGAUUUCCAUGAUCCCACGAGCCAACAGAAGUCACGUUCCUCGUCUGUGGUGAUAAUGAGCAUCAUCUCGGUUUGUCCGCUAAAGCUGUCACUCCAAACUCUCUGCUGCUCUCUUACCUGCUUUUAAAGAGCCAUCCCAGAAUGAAUGCACAUGAGGGAAGGAAAGAACAUGGAAAAACACCAAGUUGAUCUCUUGAUCCUUGGGUUGGGGUUGAGUUUGAUUGGAUUGCUAUUGAACACCAUUUAAAAACAAAGAUUUGUGUUCAUUUGAAGAAGUUCUGAGGUAUAAAAUAAUAUUUAGUGCGGACUUUAGGUGUCAAUAAGGUCAUUUGGAAAAAAGAAAUUCAUAAAAUGUUCUGAAAGUUGGUGUUGCAGCUUUACCCCUUCUUAAUUCAAUACCACAGAAUAAAAGCUGCAGCUUUAGGAAAACUUUACUUUUAUUAAUUCUUUAGCUUCUGGAUCAAAGUAACCAGGGCAACAGGAAAUUCAGUCUCCAAUAACUUUGAUGGGAGGAUACGAUAAAAAUAGGCAAACUUACUCACAUUUCAGGGGGUUUUCUAGGUUAUUUGUUUGCCUCUUUUUUUCUAUGAUGUCAAAUUAUUGACAGGGGACUAUUGACUGGAUAUGAAAACUGGACUGAGCUACGUCAAUCAUAGCAAAUGGUUUACUUCUGGCUCCAACCAAAUCAAGUCAGUUCAGUCGCUGUUUUUUUUGUGAGACGGAUGCCGCCAUGUUGGAGCCAGACGUCGUCUGUAAGCAGUGAUUGGUUCGAAUUUGCCAGAGCUGAGAAAACAGCUAGUUGAGUUCGUUUUAGUUGGUCAUGUGACCACAUCCACCUCUACUGCGAUCAUUGAUUUUGACCAAGUGGAGGCAAAUUCUGUCAUUUUGGAUUUUUGCUCAGCGAAAUUUUAGCACAAAUUUGAAGAGAAGUUGGAGAAAAUGUCUCUUUCUGAAGAAUAGUUUUCGCUCCGUGAGACCAAACUGUGAGGGUUUAGUUUACCGCUUCCUCUCUUGAUGCCAAACGCCGAUUGAUUCUUGUCCUGAAAAGUCCCGACAUUUGCUAAAAUCCCGGCUGAAUCGGAGAGAAUUAGCAGCGUUUCCGUUUUAUCUGGAUGAAUGUAGAUUUCCUGACAAAACCUGGCUGCAUUUGUUUUUGUUUUUGGGUUGAUGUUGCAGUGAAAAGCCUUUUUGGUGCCCAGGUUUUCUCAUCCAUGUGUCACCACAUCAAACUCAGAUUUUUGUGCUUUCUUCUUUCUGCAUUUCUUGUCCCUUGUGUUCUGCUUUCAUGCUCCUUCGGUCCUCUUUCUGUGUUUUCUUCAAGCUGCUAACAGAGACUUCUUGCUACAUGUAAAUGAAGAUUUGGAAUCAUGUCCUUUUGCGCCCUCACACCUGCCCUCGGUGAACUGUGCACGACAUGCACGGCUAGGUGAAGUGAGCCGCACACUGGCUAUAAUAUUGUAAUGUACAGAGCACUGUUACAUUUCCUGUAUUCUCUUGAAAGCGAGCCCUUGUAUUUUCCCAUUAUAUGUAAAGUACUAAAGAAAAAAAACAAUACACGGGUGA